GCCAACUUUCAACCCUCUACAAAAAUGUCAAAAAUGGCUACGGCGUGUACGGUGAAGUCCGUGAACAAUCUAAGAGUUUUCAAAAUUCCCCAGCAAGAAGGAGCCGACAGCAUUGUGCGUAAGCUAGAGAACGGACUAGUCUCUAUACUUAAUUCCAGACAACCCAAUCAGUCUCUUCAGGAGCUAUAUACCAUUAUAGAGAAUCUUCAUAGCUCGCACCGUGGAGUUUUGUACGAGAAACUACAAGGCCUCUUGGAAGAGGCACUCCUAGAGAUUUUGGAAGCAGUCGUACGUGAAUGCGAAAAAAUGCCUUUGCUAAUACAAUUUUGGUUGCGAUUUUGCAGCCAAAUAGUGAUAAUCAAGAAUAUAUUCCUGAAAUGUGACAGAUCAUCGCAAAACUCGAACAAGUACAACACCGUGCAGCAACUAAGUAUGAAUUUAUUCAAGACGUUAAUUGUAAUGAGUCCCCAAAUUAAAAACGAAGUCACCAAGGAAAUUCUGCAGUGGAUAGAAAUGCAAAGGAAAGAAAUAACCAUCGAUUUAAAUCAAUUACAGAACGCUUUAGGCAUGUUGAACGAGUUGCAAGUUUAUGAUGAUAUUUUUCAUACGGAGUUUCUUAGGAUAUCGCACAAUUUUUACUUGGACGAAGGUGCUCAUCUGAUCGAUGAGUUGGAUGUACGAGCUUAUUUGAGGCAUGUGCUAGCACGCAUUAAAGAAGAACAAGAACGAGAGAAAGACUAUCUGAAAAAACAUACAGCUACUGCUGUCUUAGAGAUAGUGUACAAGAAUAUGAUCAAAGAACACUUGAAUAAGAUUUUGGACAAGACUUUUCAGUUACUUUAUAAGGAUGUUAUAGAUGAAGAACUAGGUAUUCUUUACAAUUUACUGAAAAAGGUAACGCUUGGCCUGAAAAAACUAGAAGAAUAUUUCAUGAAUUACAUAAUGAACUCUGGAAACGGUAUAGUGAAUAGGCCGGAUAAUGAUAAGAUCAUGAUACAAGAGCUUCUAGACUUUAAAGAUAAAGUGGACGUUAUCUCUGAGAAGCAUUUCAACAGUAAUGAGGCUUUCAGCAAUAUAAUACGGACUGCGUUUACGAAGUUUAUCAAUAACAAGCAAAACAAGCCUGCCCAGUUGUUGGCCAAGUAUAUCGAUGCAAAGCUCAGAGCAAAAGACCUAACUGAAGAUCAGCUGGAGAUAAUUCUAGGAAAAGUAAUGGUGCUCUUUAGAUAUAUCCAAGGCAAAGAUAUCUUUGAAGCUUUCUAUAAAAAGGAUUUAGCUAAACGAUUGCUUUUAGGUAAAUCGACUAACCAAGAUGCUGAGGAUAGUAUGAUUGGAAGAUUAAAGUCGGAAUGUGGACCAGCCUUCACGUCCAAGAUAGAAGGAAUGUUCAAGGAUAUCAACAUCAGCCAAGGAAUCAACAAUGCGUUCAAACAACACUUGGUUCACAAUUUAACGCCGAAUAGUUCUGAUUUGUGUAUAAACGUGUUGACAAGUAGUUUCUGGCCGAACUACUCCACUUAUAAUGUGAACUUACCCCCAGAGCUGGUGAACUACCAGGCUACGUUUCAGAAGUUUUAUUCAAACAAUCAUAGUGGAAGAAAACUAGUAUGGCAAUCAAACUUAGGCCACUGCAUCGUCAAAGCAACUUUCGACGCUGGCAAUAAGGAAUUGCAAGUUUCCUUAUUUCAAACGAUCGUUCUGUUGCUAUUCAACGAAGCAGAAAAACUCACUUUCGCGGAAAUCUUGGAACUAACCAACAUUGAGGUCGACGAAUUGAAAAGGACUUUGUUCUCGUUGGCAUGUGCCAAAAACAGGGUUUUGUGCAAGAUGACGAAAGGAAAGGAAAUUGAGAGCGAAGAUCUAUUUGGUGUUAAUACAAAGUUUACUGGUAAACUGUUUAGAGUCAAGAUCAAUCAAAUUCAGCUAAAGGAAAGUGUUGAGGAACAACACGCCACUGAGAAAAGCGUUUUAGCAGAUAGACAGUUCCAGAUAGACGCUGCUAUAGUUAGAAUACUGAAAUACAGAAAACGUCUAAACCACAACGAGUUAAUUUCCGAAUUAUUCAACAUUUUGGAUAUUCCUGUGAAACCUUACGAUUUAAAAAAGAGAAUAGAACUGCUGAUUGAAAGGGAAUAUCUGGAGAGAGACAAGGACGAUCCGACCAAUUAUACUUAUGUUGCUUAAUUCGAUUUUUGUUAUUUUAUUUAUUUAUUCUCAAUAAAUGAUGUUCUUGUGAAG